UGCCACCUGCCGGUGCGUCACGGCGCCCCUGACCAAUCGUGACCGGGUGGCUCUCCGUGCGCCCUUGGAGAUCCCGGUGCUCCUCGCAUCGCCGCCUGAAGUCUGCGGCUCGGUGACGGCGGACGGUGCCUCUCCUUGUUUUAUUUUUGUUUUGCUUUUAUUUUGUUUUCGAGCGCGGUGGAGCUUCAGAUGUGAUUAGACUGGACUGGACCGCUUCACUGCCGCCGCCGCUGCAGCUGCCGCUGUGCCAAACGGAGCCGCGACAAGUUUGACUGGAUUGCCUUUACUUGUGCCGCUUUUGACUGCGCGCCUCGGUGAUGAUAUGGUAGACGCCAUGAUGAUCCGGCUGGAGGAGGAUAAUCGCGCACCCCCAGUAGACAGCAUGACAACCAAAAGGCCCUCCGCUGAAAGGUGACCUCCAGACACUUCACCUCCCCAAACCUUUUGAAUAUGCCAGAACACAACAAUGAGCUCCAACAGCACAGACCCUGGUCUCUUCCUGACUGCCAACGCCUCGACACCAGCAGCUGGAGCCUUUCCUCACUCCAACGCGUUCCACCAGCGAGGAACUGGCAGAGGACCUUGGUUGGAUUUUCACGUGAAUACUCUUGAUGAGAAUUCUUCCACCAGCAGUCUCUUAAACCUCACCACCGAGUUGCAAAAUGCAACAACACCCCUGGAUCCCUUGGGUGGCCACCCCGUGUGGCAGGUGGUCCUCAUCGUCUUGCUGACGGGGACGUUGUCACUGGUCACCGUCAUCGGCAAUAUCCUGGUGGUGGUGUCCUUCAAGGUUAAUCGCCAGCUAAAGACGGUCAAUAACUACUUCUUGUUGAGCUUGGCGGUUGCUGAUCUCAUCAUCGGGGUAAUUUCCAUGAACCUCUACACAGCUUAUCUUGUGAUGGGAUACUGGGCGAUGGGCAACUGGGCGUGCGACCUGUGGCUGGCGAUUGACUACGUGGCCAGCAAUGCAUCAGUGAUGAACUUGUUGGUCAUUAGCUUUGACCGCUACUUUUCAAUCACCAGGCCUUUGACAUACAGAGCUAAGAGAACCACUAAGAGAGCUGGGAUCAUGAUCGGAUUAGCUUGGUUCGUUUCUUUCGUCCUGUGGGCCCCGGCCAUCCUGCUUUGGCAGUAUUUUAAGGGUGAAAGAACAGUGCCGCACGAUCAAUGCUACGUCCAGUUUCUCAGUGAUCCCCCAAUAACCUUCUGUACAGCGAUGGCAGCUUUCUACCUGCCCGUGACAAUAAUGAGCAUUCUCUACUGGCGCAUAUACAAGGAGACCCAAAACCGCUCUAAAGAAUUAGCUGGGCUGCAAGGUUCUGGAGCCCGUGGGGGGACCGGGGGAAGAGGUGGGAGUGGUGGCGGCGGCGGUGGUGGUGGUGGAAGAGCCCGCUUUAUUCAUCAGACAGGAAGCUCAAGAAGCUGCAGCAGUUAUGAGUUGACAAGACUGUCCAAGAAAAAGAGCACAUGUCGGGAGCUGGUUGGUCGUUUCCACUGCUGGCCAGGGGUCCGUUCCUGGAGACCUGGCAGUACAAGGCAGGGGGACGCUGAUCCAGACCAGAGCAGCAGUGACAGCUGGAACAACAAUGAUGCUGCUGUCUCUUUGGACCACUCUGGUUCUUCCGAGGAUGAGGACUGUGGCGGUAAAGAGAUGAUCUCUCAGAGUCAUACAAUUUUUUCCAUUGUUCUGAGCCUGCCUGGCAUGAAGGCCGCUGUGAACUCACAGCUCACCUCAUGUGAGGAUCUGGAUGCAGCCUCCGAGGAGGAUCCACUGAGAGGAGCAGAAUUUAAUCGAGACAGCCUUUCAGCAGUCAGCACUAACACCCCUACCACUAUCACUCCGGAUGGAACUAACAAUUCGGAAAAUAGCUACCAUCAGCGUUUCUCUUCACGAAAGAUUCGGUCGACAAAUCAGGAAACCCCAAACCAAGGAACUCUGGACGGUACUCCAACAACUGCCGCAACUACCAACAACAGUACCACCACCAGCACAGCCACCAAGUCCCCCUCUGUCCCAAUAUCUUUGAAGGAGGCGGCGCUGGCGAAGCGUUUUGCAGCCCGCGCUCGCACUCAGAUCACCAAGAGGAAGCGCAUGUCUUUAGUGAAGGAGAAGAAGGCAGCUCAGACUCUCAGUGCCAUCCUCUUUGCGUUCAUCAUCACAUGGACGCCGUACAACAUCAUGGUACUCAUCAACGCCUUCUGCAAAGGUUGCAUCCCAGAGACCCUGUGGGCAGUGGGAUACUGGCUGUGCUACGUUAACAGCACAGUCAACCCCAUGUGCUACGCGUUGUGCAACAAGACUUUCCGCACAACCUUUAAGAUGAUACUGCUGUGCCGCUGGGACCAGAAAAAAAGAAGGAAGCAGCAGUUCCAGCAGAGGUCAGUGGUCUUCCACAAGAGGAUUCCCAGAGAGUCUACGUAAAGCAGUGAAAGUCUGUACUGUUGAGAGUGCUGUUCAAAGAUUAAUCAUAGGACAAGGGAACGAAAGAAGCGGUUUCCGUGGGGAUUCUUUACCGAGAGAUCCUAAAUGUUUUCUUUGCUGUGACGUCAAACACAGCAGUCCUAUAUGGUGGUCUUGCAGUAAUGUGUUUGUGUCGGUGCAUUCAUAUAGCAAAGCUGUAAAUGUGUGUAAAAGUUUGCAUAAAGUGAGAUCUGAUGAUGGAAACUUCUAUCCUUGAAGAAGUAAUUCCUUUUACUCUGAAACAGUUAAGAGAACUGAGUGGAUUAAAAAAAGAGAAACAGAAAAAGGGCUUUCAAAUGCGUUUGCAGGAGAAAUAUUGAAGUGCAAUUGACACAAAUGAAAGGAUGUCUUUGUCAUGGUGUUGGGUCUUCACCUCUCAUCAUUUUUUUCUGUGGGUAGCUACCUAGAUCUGUAAUGUACAGAGUGGUUUUGCAAUUUAAACAAAACUAUGUAUCUGUCACGUGUCACUGAGAGCCAAGAUGAAGACCUUUUUUGUGUUGACAGGCUUCUACAUUUUACUGAUUUCUUCUGCCAUCUUCUUGACCGGCAUGUGUUUUUAUCAGAACUUCUGUGCUUUGCCUUUCUACAUGGAUAUAGCUUUCCCGUGUCUAAUGGAAUAUAAAGAUUUCUUGAACUGUGUCCUUACUUUAAGUCAACAGAGAACUGUUAUUUUUGUGAUAUUCAUCUUUGGUUUUCUUGAUAUUCCAGUGAUUUUGAGCCAGUCUGAAAAUGAUUCUUUUGAUGAACUGAGUUGUGAAUAUUCUGUGUGGCACCACAGUCAGUGAACUGCUGUUGUGUUCAAUGUGAUUGUUGUGGUUUUUAUGGUGGAGACAAUAAGUACAUUGGUUGUGUUUCAUGUACUUGCCGUUUUUUGUUUUUGUUUCUUUUUCUUCCCCAAAAAUAAUGAUUAUACAGUGAUGAUAUUUUGUUUGUGUACAUUUGAAUAUUUCCCAUUGAUUGAUUGCACACAUGAAAGUGUUUCAGUUUUACACAGUUGCUUGAAUUUUUACAGUUGCACAUCUGGAGAAGCCUUCAAAGGCCACAUGUCCUGGUUUUAGUAGAGCAAUGGCAACAUCUAGUGGUGUAGAGGAAGAUCUGUUCAAAAUCUGUCUUCACUCCACAACCACAACCUUAGAGCAUAACAAAAACAGCAUCAGUUUUAAAUCUGUCAUCAGAAAGGAAGAUCUCAUUCUCUUCAAGUAUCAUGACAUGCCUUUCUUUCACUUUGUGAUUUUCUUUCUAUUUGAAGUGAUUCCUGGAUAGCUUUUCUUCUCGAAAAUACAAAUAAUUUGUCAAUAGAGAAGUUGUCUUUGUUUACAGAAUCGUCGUCAGGUUUUUCUAUACAAACACUACACUAAAAUGAUUCAACAUGAAGCAGAAGGAUUUAUUGUAAUUUGUAUAUGUAAUGCACAUGAUGUUAUUCUUAUCCUAGGUUGGUGAUUUUUGCAAUUUUGCUUCUCCAAAAUCUUUGAUUUGAUAUGACUAUUGUGCAUAGUAUAAAGAAGGCUAAGGAUGAACUGCAUUGUGAUUACCAGUAGUCAAAAGAUUGUGCGCAAUGGAUUAUGAUAGAUGUAGAGGUCAUUCAUGAUGUUUUGACUCUGUCCUUUGCUCAGAGGAAGUUUUAAUAAUAUCCCAUGGCUGCCAUCAGUGGAUGUUUUGUCUGCUGUCAACAUGGUCUGGUGACGUGUUACAAUGGAUCCUUCAUGAAAAUAUGAGGUUUGUUUUGUACCUAAAUAUUGGGAAUGUACACGACCAAAAUGGUGAACACAAACAAUUUGUUACAUUUUACGUAUGCCAAUUGUGCUCAAAUUUUAAGUCAAUAAAAAAGCUCAAAUAU